AUGGCGUUGUACCCUCCUCCCGGUGCUCGCGAUGAGAACGCCAUGGACGCGACGGAGCCUCUUCUGCAGAGAUCUGACUCUCCAGAGCAACUGCAACCUCAUACGCGAAGCAGCAAACACGUAUUGGCUCGCUUAUAUGUCUCUCACUUCCUGUCAACAUGGAACUCGCGCAUGUUCGAAUUCGGAGCCAUCCUGUUCCUCGCUUCAAUAUUCCAAGAUACCCUGUUAUAUGCCUCUGUCUAUGCACUAGCCCGUUCUCUGUCGGCCGUGGUGUUGUCUUCCUGGCUGGGUUCGCGGAUGGAUCAUUCCGAUCGCUUGGUUACAAUUCGUCGCUCAAUCAUCUGGCAGAGACUUCCCGUAGUGUUGUCUUGCGCAUGUUUCGUGGUUCUUCUGGUACCCUCGCUGAUGGGAAACAAGUUUGUCACCUGGGGUCUAUUUGCUGCGGUGCUUCUGCUGGCUUGUGUGGAGAAAUUGGCUGCUAUAGCAAACACGGUGGCUGUUGAGAGAGACUGGGCUAUUAUUGUCUCGGAUAGUCUGGCAAUACAGAGGCAGGAUUUAAAUGCAUCGAUGCGACAGAUUGAUCUCUUCUGCAAGCUCCUGGCUCCUUUGAUGGUCUCUCUCAUAGACAGUCUAUCCACAAGUAUAGCAGUAUGGCUUGUCUUGGCCGUGAAUAUACUUUGUGUCUUUGUUGAAUACGUUGCCAUCGCUCAGGUGUAUGAGGCGAUUCCUGAGCUCCGACGAGUUCAGCGGGGCCUAGCCACGAAUGACGGCGAGAACGGCGAGGAUGACUUCCAGCCUACUUCCAGAGCAGUCCAACGGAGCGUGGUCAAUAGGGCUGCACGCCUACUCAACCAUGUUGCUGCUCCCUGGAGAGAAUACAUAGCCAGCCCGGUCUUCCUGGCCUCCUUUUCACUGAGCCUGCUGUAUUUGACCGUACUUUCCUUUGGUCCAACCAUGGUUACUUUUCUAUUACACACCGAAUACACAUCUCUGCAGGUCAGCUGUAUGAGGGUUGGCUCGGUGAUUGCAGAACUGUCUGGCACAUGGGUAGCACCAUUUGUCAUGGACAAGGUCGGGCCGAUCCGAUCAGGGCUGUGGUUUCUCAAUUGGCAAUUCACCUGUUUGUCUGCUGUCGCAGCGGCGUUUGCCCUCACUGACGCUACGUCUCGACUGGUUCUGGUGGGCCUGAUAGUCGGGGUUGCUCUUAGCCGGGUUGGUCUUUGGGGAUUCCAUUUGUCCGCCCAAUUUCUCAUUCAAGAGGGCGUCGAAGAAGAGACGCGUGGGCAGUUUUCCUCCACUGAGAUGGCUGUGCAGAACAUCUUCGAGAUGUUGUCCUUUGCAACCACGAUUGCCUUCCCGCUUCCAGAGCAGUUCAAGUACCCAGUCUUCAUCAGCUAUGGUGCCAUUGCAACGGCUGCCAUAUGCUUUGCGGCAUACGUUAGAAAGGAGAGAGGGCAUUUGCUGCAUAUGACCAGAUGUCUUGGUGGUGAUAAAGUACCAAGUCCAAGUCAGGGUCUUCCUGGGGAUUUUUAA